ACUGGGGAGAAGUGGCCAUACAAUCUCACUGCCUUCUCCUCCAGUGAGACACAAGCAGGAAGUUUCUCAACCCCCUGACAGACUUUGCAAUCAGAGAACGUAUUUCCCCUUUCUCCAAAUGAACCCUGCGAUAGAAAUGGCUCUGCAAGGCUUCCAAGUCUACCUUGUGUUUCAGCUGCUCUUGGCUUGUUGCUAUUGUGAUGCUGCUGAAGGCUGCACCGUGACAAUGGAAGAAGGAGGUGUGAAUAGAGAGCACCUGGUCUUGGAGAACAUUACCUUGUGGUGCAGUUUUACACAAACCAACUGCCAAAGCGGAAUUGAUUUAUACUGGUUUCGCUGCUUUGCUUCUCAUUGUGAGGAAAUCUGUUCUAACACCUGCAUAAAUGAGCGGUUUAAAGUAUUACCAAGCGGCAAAGGAUCCAGAAGUUUCACUUCAACAAAAUCCAUUCUGAGUAUAGCCAGCUUGCAUGCUAGUGACAGUGCAAUAUACAUCUGUGGUGCAGGAGGCAGAAAGGACAACAUCAACUCUAUGGGGCAUGGGACUACACUGGUAGUAAGAGAGCAAGAACAAAGCAUCGUCACAACUGGAUGUGCUGUCCUGAUCGUCUUUUGUGUGCUGCUCUUUCUAUACAACGUUGCUGUAUUUUCAAUUUACGCUUACAGAUCAAAGCUGAAGAUAUUUAAAGAACCAAAAACCGAAGAAAAAGAGGAUGGAAGUAAAAAUAAAAGUUACAGACGACAACGGAUUUUCCAAGCCAUAGCACAGGAAUAUCAUAAAAGAUACCCACGAAAAUCAAUUAAUCCGAACUCAGUGGAUGAUGCCAUCUACCAGAACACAUAGGAUCCACAGUACACACUGGACUCCUCACAAGAACACCCUUAGUUAAAGCAACACAAACACUGCACUUUGUGAGCUCUCUCUCUUCGGGACUAUAUUUUUACAGGACUGGGCUGCAUUUUAUUAAAGCCUGAAAAAGUUGUGUGGAAGAUAAAGAAAACCUAAAGAUGGAUUUUGUGAAAUAUAGAAUAUUAUCAAUGUAUCAUCCCCUAUCAUUUCUUAUAUAAUAUAUAUAUAUAUAGUUUUUGAAGAGUGCGCCAAGGCUCAUUAAAAUUUGUCAUGUACAACCUACUUGUGUUGUAUUUAGUGUCCCCUUAGACUUCCACAACCCUUUAAAAGCACUUCCCCAGAAUGUAACCAAUACACUGAAGAAUAACCCAUGUUUAUUAA